CAGAAGGCCAAACUACACUGCGCAGCAUUCAAUCACAACAGGAGUCCCGAAACGGCUCGUCGUCUACAUCACCAUCUUCCACUUUGGUUUCUUCUCCCCCAAAUCUCUCUCUCCUAUCUUUCUCUCUGUUGCUCACUCUUCAAUGCCAUGGCCUCCGCCACCGUCGUCGACCACCACAACCCUGACCCUAACCCCAAUCACCUCCACCUCGACUCCCUCCCGCUCAUCGACCUCCGCCUCCUCUCCCAAUCCGAUCUCUACUCCCUCUCCCUCACUUCCUCCUCCUCCCUAUCCAAUCCCACCCGCCGGUUCGACGACGACGUUUUGAUUCCCAAGAUUGAUCGUUCCGUCUUCAACGAAUCCGCCGGCAGUCGCAAGCAGACCUACUCGCGCCUCCGCCUCGCUCCACGCAACUCCCAAUUCCCAAUCCCCAACCCCAAAUCUCAACCCACCCCCUUUUCCCAUUCCCAAUCCCGAGACCCAGAAACCCGCCAGAUUAUCUCUCUCUUGAAACAACUCUUCCCCUCCUCCGAGAUAGCCGAAAACGACGACGUACUCGUCUCUGUCCCCGUCCACCUCGCACAAGACGACUCCAUUCCCGGACCCUCCGUGCAAAACGCCCUCGUCGGCCUCAGCGCCGAUGUCGGUAUGAAGCGGAAGCGAGGCCGUCCACGUAAAGAUGCCAAUGCCGUUAUGGCUUAUCCGAUGGUGAAAGCUGACGUUUCGAUUGAAAGGCAUGGCGGUGGCGAUACGACACCCGGCAUUGUCGUUCAGAGCAGUGACGGCAAGCGGAAGCGAGGCCGGCCGCGUAAAGACGAGAACCGAGUGGUUUCGGUGUCUGAGCGUGAGAGAAAAUCGAACGUCAAGGAAUCGAGUGUCACGGAAGAGAGAGUGAAGGUGGAGGAGGCGGAGAUGGUGAUGGUGAACGAAAACGGCGUCGUAUUGGAUUUGGCUGCGUUGGGGAAUGCGGACGAUUCAUUUGGCGAGGCGUUGAGGAGGAGGACUGAUGGGUUGGAGACGGAAGCGCAGUUGCUAGGGUUUCUGGGAGGGUUGGAGGGAGGAUGGUCGAGUGCGAGGAAGAAGAGGAAGAUUGUGCAGGCGAGUGAGCUCCUUGAUGCGUUGCCGAGGCAGUGGAAGGUUAUGCUCUCUCUCAAGAGAAAUGGAGGCCAUGUUUGUCUCUUCUGUAGACGAUACAUAAGCCCUAAUGGGCAGCAGUUUGUGUCGUGCAAGGAAGUUUCUUCGUAUUUGCUCUCUUAUUUUGGAGUCAGAAACGCGUCAAAACCUGGUCAUACGGAUGGCAACAUUCCACUUUCUAAUGAAUUGGUUUCUGGAGAUGGAAUCCAACAGGAUACUAAUAUUACCUUUGAAGAUGAGAGCAAAGCUGAUGAGCUUGCUACCUGCUCACUAAUGCCUAUUUCUUCUGUAUCAACUGGUCAUGAGAAGCAGGCAACCUUCUUGCAUACAGAAAAUUCACGGGAAAUUCAAGCAGGAGAGAUAAUGGGCAUGCCUAAGAAAUUUGACCCUGUAAAAACUGGUGUUCUGCAGACGUCCUUGAAGAUUCAUGAAUCAGUUCAGAUAGACAGGGAAGCAACUUUGGAUGCAGUAGCCAAUUAUGAUUUGAGUUCUGAUUUUCCUUGCGCCAAAGUAAACAAAGAUAUCGAAAAUUGUCUUGGAACAUACAAGCGUGAAUCUAUUUCAUUGUCUUGUGAGGAACAAGCCAUGAAGGCUAACAAAAGUGGAAAAGAUCUGGGGUUCUUUGAGCAGGGUAGUGCAUUUAAUUUGACAAAUGAUAAGUUGACGAAGGCGGAUGAGGCUACUGAUGGUGGUCUUAGCUGUGGUGAAACAAAUGUUUUUGACUGCUUUCCUGAUGGAAUAAAUGAUGGUUUCAAGGCUUCUGUGAAUUCAGUUGAUGUUACCAAAGUGGACACUGAUACUGCUUUAAAUGGUAUGGGAAAAGAACGUAGGACUGAGAAUAUUGACAAUAACCAAUUAAGUAGCACAGUAGAAAAUACAAAAAUUGAUGAUGCGGAUGAUUUUGGGAAUGGCAGGUCUACAUCUGGUAUUAGUGAGAGUCACUUUGGACCUGAGGAUGUUUGUACUAAUGUCAAGAAGCAAAGUACUUCUGAAGCCUGCUCGCUUGUUCCUUCAAUUUUGGUAGAGUCUCGGCGGGAAAGAGGUUUAUGUAGUGCGUCUAGUGAUGAGAAAACAUGUGAUGUUGGAAAUAAUUUCUAUAGCGAAUCAUUCCGCACAUCUUAUGAGCCUAAGUGUGAUGAUAUUGAUAUAUCUGGGAAUGAUGACAAGACUAUCAGUUUUGGCAGCGGCCAUGCUAUGCCAGAUGUGGAUGCGAUGGAGAUCAGUGAGCAUGUUAUAACUACUGGAAAAUGUUCAAAUGUUCCAGCUCAGGAUGGAAAAAGUUGUAUCACUUUAAGUAAUGCAAAGAAUCCUACUUGCUCACUGGACGAACUUUGUCAGGAAAAGAGUUUUCAAAGAAAUGUGUCAACUCCAUUUGUUAAACAGGACAUAGGUUCUGCUAAAACUGGUAUGGUUUGUCCAUCUGGCAGUGCAAGCAGCUAUGCUCUAGUAAACAAUGUGAAUAACACAUCCUCAAGCUCAAUGGAAGAAUUGAAAAAGGAGGAGGUUAAAAGAUCUUGGAACAAUGAGGUAUUGCUUGCUUUUGACAGCAGUCAUGGUGGACCAGGUGCCAAUUCUGUGAAAAGCACUGGGCAUGAAAGAAGUUCAGGACGACCUUCCCUUGUUCGUUCAGAGAAUAGCCAAACAUUUUCCACUGGAAAUAAUAGCUCAGUGUUGGAGGAUAAGCUGAUUACAGGUUCUGUUAAUGGUUUAAUAUGCCCAAAUGGUAGUGAGCAAACCCCUGGUUUUGAAAAUAGUCUAAACAGGGUUUAUAGCAGCAUAACGUGGGAGCAGCCUAAUACAGAGAAUGCAGAGAGCUCUAGAAACAAUGAUCCCAUGACUGGUUUUCUAAAUCAUUCCCAACCUAGUGGGGAUGUCAUGGCUGAGCUGAUGUGGAGAAUUGAUGAGCAAAAUGUCCAGCAGAGUGGACUCGCUGAUACAUCAUCUGAACUUGUGCAAUCAUCUGGCUGCCAUCCGAACUUUGAUAUGUUAUCAGGGAAGGGUGCAGAUGGAGCUUUAAGUGUAAAUGAAAAGUUUGACAACAUAUCAGGUUUGGAAGGACUGAAACCAGGUAGAAUAGAGAAAUUGGAGUAUAAUUUCCAGACAGCGCAAGCAAGCUCCCAUUCCAAGGAAUCAAAAGUGUUGUCAUAUGAUGGAGAGAUGGAACAAGGUUUCAGUUCAUCUGCUUGGCUUGAAAAGGAAUCCCUGCCUUCAAUGCCAAAUAUAGCAAACAGGCCUGAGACUAACAUCUGUGUCUGGUGCGGAAAUGAGUUUUAUCAUGAGGUUUAUGAAGCUGGGGCACAAACUGGUUCUGUGGGUUUGAUGUGUGCAGCCUGCCAGGCCAAGUUCUCAAGUCAAUUCAAUUAUUUGUAGUCAUCCAUUCGUGCCGUUGCUCCCAAUGAGGAUUUGCUUGUUAUAUACCCAUCAUCCUAGCAGGAACUAGAAUUUUGUUCAAGGCAUUGAUGGAACUGUUUAGAAGACCACGUUAGUUCGUUGAUAGAUCUAUGUUGUUAUACAAGAGGCAGAUUUUGUGGUUCUGGCAUGGCACAGCCUUUCUUUCAAUUUAUGGAUCUGUUUGCUGCACGGGUAGCAGUCGAAGAAGAAGAGGCGGCGACGGUGUUGAUAGGAGCAAAGAUGCACGGCAAUUGCCUCAAAGUUGAGCCAACGAGAAGCUGCCACGAUUUUCUCAUAUGUACUUCUGAUUUCUUAUUAGUCACGUACCAAAAAAAGACAAAGCAAAAAGAAAAAAGAAAAAGCAAAAAACAAAUACUAGUUUACGUUAUCACCAACAUUGAUACUGCCAGCGAUGUCUCCGCGUGAAGUGCUUUGUUAGCAACCAUUUUAUUAACAACACUUCAAAUUUAGUUUUAUUAAAAUAAAAUCUUCUUAAAACCCCAAUUAAUCCUCACAUAAUUAUAUCGGACUUUUUCCCGGUAAAAAAAAAAAAUAUCUCAACUAAAAAAA